AUGUCUUUUCCAUGUAAACAGUGUGGCAAGUGUUUUAGUGAAGUGGGACACCUAAGAAGUCAUGAAAGAGUUCACACUGAGGAAAAGACUUACAAAUGUAAACAUUGUGACAAAUGUUUUAGUGGUACAGGACAUCUGAUAGAACAUGAACGAGUCCACACUGGGGAGAAGCCUUAUGAAUGUAAACAGUGUGGCAAGUGUUUUAGUGUAGCAGGAAAUCUUACGAGACAUAAAAAAGUCCACACUGUGGAAAAGCCUUACCAAUGUAAGCAGUGUGACAAAUGUUUUAGUGAUACAGGACACCUAAGCAGACAUGAACGUCUUCACACUGGGGGAAAGCCUUACGAAUGUAAACAAUGUGAGAAGUGUUUUAGCCAAGUUGCAAGUCUAAGGAGUCAUGAAAGAGUUCACACUGGGGAAAAACCUUAUGAAUGUACACUAUGUGGCAAGUGGUUUGGUCAAAGAGGAAACCUAAGGAUUCAUGAAAGAGUUCACACUGGGGAAAAGCCUUAUGAAUGUAAACAGUGUCACAAAUGUUUUAGUGAAGCAGGACGCCUAAAGAGACAUGAAAGAAUUCACACUGGGGAAAAGCCUUAUCAAUGUAAACAGUGUGACAAGUGUUUUAGCCAGGUAUCAAGCCUAAGGAGACAUGAAAGAGUUCACACUGGGGAAAAACCUUAUGAAUGUAAUCAUUGUCACAAAUGUUUUAGUGAAGCAGGACACCUAAGGAGACAUGAAAGGAUUCACACUGAGNCAAUGUAAACAGUGUGACAAGUGUUUUAGCCAGGUAUCAAGCCUAAGGAGACAUGAAAGAGUUCACACUGGGGAAAAACCUUAUGAAUGUAAUCAUUGUCACAAAUGUUUUAGUGAAGCAGGACACCUAAGGAGACAUGAAAGGAUUCACACUGAGGAAAAGCCUUACAAAUGUAAACAUUGUGACAAGUGUUUUUGCCAGUUAGAAAGCUUAAGGAGUCAUGAAAGAGUUCACACUGGGGAAAAGCCAUAUGAAUGUAAACAGUGUGGCAAGUGCUUUACUCACGUAUCGAACCUAAGGACGCAUGAAAGAGCUCACAGUGGGAAAAAGCCUUACAAAUGUAAACAGUGUUGCAACUGUUAUAGCAAGGUAGGAAACCUAAGGAAGCAUGAACGAGUUCACACUGUAGAAUCUUUUGUAUGA